AUGGACAUGAUCUACCAAGAUUUUUCAUCAUGUUUUUUCUUCACGUCGACGCCAACAUUCUCUCACAAACAGCAUCUUCGUCUUCUGGAACUGAGUCAAGCAGAAGAAGCUAUCUGUGAUAUUUUCAGCAGCAUUUCGGCCGCGGACGUUCGUCAGCAAGCUGGACAGACGGAUAAGAACGCAGGCCAGUAUCACGGGGACAAGGCAGGCAAGUGGCCGAAGCCGAGCGAGGACGUGGCCUUCUUCACGCUGUCGGUCAACUCAGCACGAAAAGAAGGUGGCCUAAGGAAGCUCCUACGUGGAGCUGAUUUCCGCGAAGGUGGCAACGCGUAUGCCAAGCUGUCACCCGCGGGCGUGGACCACGCAUACACCAAGCGGCUGCCUGCGGCGAGUCGCCAAGCAAGCCAAGAACCUCAACCCGUUCGAGGUCAAGCACAGGAUGGAGGCCAAUCACGUCAAGAGGCCCGCAGCCUACGACGACAUCCCAAGACCAUCUCGGACCCGGUCGAUGAGGAGCCCGAGGACUGGGACGAUGAGGGCGACGGCGAUGUGGAGCCCACCAUGAUCGAGAAUCUCGCGUACAAGAGCGCGUGGAAGCCCAAGCUGCACUAUGUACGACGACAGCCUGGUCACGGACAGCAAUAA